UGUCGUCAGACUGUGCGACAAAUGUAGUCUUAUUUAUUUACGGAAGCUUAAGCCAGUCGGUAGUUCGCACUUACAUCCUGGAUAAGGAGAACUACUGAAUUUGAUUUUUAAAUAUUUCUUUCAACUCGCAAACAUUAACUUCAGUCGAAAUCUCACUCUUUAGAUUUACCUCUAAAGUACGUUGACCUGUUAGCCUAGCUUAGCCUAGCAACACUACUCGGCUGAGAUGUGUCAUGAGAAGCAGGGAGCUAGCACCGCCGACACCAUGACAGCACUAUGAUAUCUGUGUUUGUGUGUGACUGUGUUAAACUGCCGCUGGUUAAACAGGGUUUGUACGAAAGUGGGGCUGCUUCCGGACCGUUCACAACAUGUUAAACGUCCCGACCCAGUCCUUUCCGGCACCGAGCUCCCAGCAGCGGAUCUCUCCGUCCGGCCAGUCCGGGAGGAACAAGGUGGCACUGAAGCCGGGCCACAGUCUCAUGGACUGGAUUCGGUUUGCCAAGAGUGGAAAAGAUCUUACUGGACUCAGGGGGCGCCUCAUUGAAGUUACUGAGGAAGAACUGCGGAAACACAACAGGAGAGAGGACUGCUGGACCUGUAUACGAGGUAUGGUGUAUAACGUGAGCGCCUACAUGGACUACCACCCUGGUGGAGAAGAGGAGCUGAUGAAGGCAGCAGGAGUAGAUGGAACUGAACUCUUUGACCAGGUCCAUCGCUGGGUCAACUAUGAGUCUAUGCUGAAAGAGUGCCUGGUGGGCAGGAUGAGCACCAAGGCCGCCACAGCUGUUAGAGCAAUCAUCCCUCCCCCACCUGUGACUGGCCUCGCUUCACCGACUUCAGUGGCUCCCCUUCCAGACAAAGACUCUCGCCCUCGGUACGAUUGGUUCCAGACUGAUGGGACUGUUCAUCUGGUUGUUUAUACCAGAAGAAAGGUAAUCGCUCCACCUGUGAUGUGCUGUAAGAUGGAGCUCUUCACAUGCCCCCCCCUCUACACUAUACCCAGCUCAGGCUGUACCACUGUCGAUCUAAAGGCAGGUGUUCUUCGACUGGAGGUGCUGCUGGGGAAAAUGUCCUACAUGAUUCAUUUACGUCUCUCUGAUGAAGUUGAGGAAAAUGUUGCAGUUCACACUGCUUUCUCCGUGGGAAAGAUCCAGGUUAGCAUACGCAAAGGUACUCACGGAAAAUGGGCGAGCCUCGGUCAACCUCUGGAGUCCCAUAAUACGUUUGUACGCCAAAAGGACCGAGCUCUCUUCUAUCGGGAUUGUGUGUUGGUGUCUAAGACUGAGGUGAACCACAACACUUACCUAUUCAGACUGCAGCUCCCUGCUGGGACUGUCAUGCAUGUGCCAGUCGGGAAACACGUCUAUCUGAAAGCGCUCAUCCAAGACGUGGAGGUAGUGAGGCCGUACACUCCAGUGGAGCACAUAUUUCCAGCAGCUUCUAAGAACUGGUCACAGGAAUCAGACCUCUACCUCAUGAUCAAAGUCUACCCUGGUGGAGUGUUCACCCCACACCUCAGCAGCCUGAGUGUCGGUGACCGUGUGGCCGUAAGUAGUCCAGAAGGCACCUUCAGUCUCCGCCCUCUUCGUGAUGUUACAAACCUUUACUUAAUAGCUGCAGGCACAGGCUUCACGCCCAUGGCUCGUCUUAUCCGUGCGGCCCUCGAAGACAUCGAAACCAUCGGAAACACAAAGCUGCUCUUUUUUAACCGACGAGAAGAGGACAUUCUUUGGCGCUUUGAACUGGAUGAACUGGCUGCUAAUAACGACAGGUUUCAGGUGGAGCAUGUCCUCUCUGAGCCCAGUGAACGCUGGACCGGCUGGAAGGGUCAGGUGAACGAGCCCAUACUUGCUGAGAUGCUUUCCAAGCCUGAUGGGUCCAAAUCCUACGUGUGUGUCUGUGGCCCUGCAGCCUUUACAGAGCUAACACUCGGGUUGUUGAAGCAUCAGGGCUUCAGUGAGCAGGAGCUCCACGCCUUCCAGGGUUGACAUGAAGGGAACAUUGUGUUUCUAUGCAUCAAGGACUUGAUGAUGCUGAUACGUUUGAGGUGCUCUGAGGAACAUCAUAUAAAUAAAUAGAAAUAUCACUGGUACUGUUUCAGAUA